AGCCAAUUAUUAUUUUAAUUAAUUAAUUCCCAACUAUAAAAGGCCGCCAUUUCACACCUCAGCUUUCUCUGCUUGUUUCUCUCCUCUCCUUUUCACACACUACACUCUCUACCAAGAUCAGCUGCUUCCAUCGCUCAAGCUUCUCAGAUAUGGCAUCUUCUGAUAAGCCAGAAGUCAUUGAUAGAGAUGUCAAGGAGAAAGAUCACAACGAGGAUGAGGAUAAGGGUGGAUUUAUUGACAAGGUAAAGGACUUCAUUCAUGACAUUGGUGAAAAGAUUGAGGGAGCUAUUGGUUUUGGCAAGCCAACUGCAGAUGUUACAGGGAUUCAUAUCCCUUCAAUCAAUCUAGAGAAGGCAGAUCUUGUUGUUGAUGUGCUUGUUAAGAACCCCAAUCCUAUUCCAAUCCCUCUCAUUGACAUCAACUACUUGAUUGAGAGUGAUGGACGGAAACUUGUUUCAGGCUUAAUACCAGAUGCUGGAACUAUUCAUGCACAUGGCGAGGAGACUGUCAAAAUACCAGUUACUUUGAUUUAUGACGAUAUAAGAAGCACAUACAAUGAUAUUAAGCCUGGAAGUAUCAUUCCAUACAGGAUUAAGGUUGAUCUCAUUGUAGAUGUUCCGGUCUUUGGAAGGCUAACUCUACCUCUUGAGAAAACUGGAGAGAUUCCAAUACCUUACAAGCCUGAUAUUGAUCUUGAGAAAAUACACUUUGAGAGGUUUUCCUUUGAAGAAACUGUUGCUAUGCUUCAUUUGAAGUUAGAAAACAAGAAUGAUUUUGACUUGGGCCUUAAUGGAUUAGACUAUGAAGUUUGGCUAUCUGAUGUAAGCAUUGGGGGUGCAGAACUAGCCAAAUCUACCAAAAUUGACAAAAAUGGAAUUAGUUACAUUGAUAUUCCCAUCACCUUCAGGCCUAAGGACUUUGGCUCUGCACUUUGGGACAUGAUUAGAGGAAAAGGCACUGGUUACACUAUGAAAGGACAUAUUAAUGUGGAUACACCUUUUGGAGCAAUGAAGUUGCCCAUUAGUAAGGAGGGUGGUACAACCCGCCUCAAGAAGAACAAGGAAGAUGGUGAUGAUGAUGAUGAUGAUGAGGAUUAGAAAACAGUUUCUUGAAGAGUUCUAUCCGAGUAGCUGCUGUUAAAUUGUUGGUGGAGGUUGAGUAUAAUAAUAUAUUGAUAGCCUCCACAAGGUAUCACCUUGUGUUUGUUGUUUUACAAAUCUGUUAGGCAAGGAAGUUGGUAGCUUCAUUUGUGCAUUUGCAUUUGUUGUGUUGUGGUGAAAAUUGCAAUGUGGUAAUUGUUUUCAGUGGCAUGUCCCUGUUUUGCCAGUAGACUUUGAGCCUCCUUCGAACUCGGAUACCUAUCUUUUGGUUGGUUGUGUAUUUUAUUCUUCAGAUUUCGGUUUAUGUUGUAUCUAUUUAGCAUAUGAUAUUUUGAGUACUAAACCAUUUGUGUU